UACCCAUUAACUUUUACCUUUGAAAUAAUUACUCACUUUUUGUUAUAAGUUCUGUUAAACGAGCAAAUAUAAAUUUAGUACUGAGCAAAUGUUGAGAUACGCUUGAUAUAUUAUAAUCAAUGUAAAUUUUAGCAGAUUAUUUUUCCCUGAGAAACAAAACAAGACGUUAAAGCUUUCCGAUCAAUUUAGUACGCGUUUUGAAAGAUAUAAGGAAAGCGGUCGUGGUUGACAGAUCCUCGGUAGAUGUCACUUUUGAACGGCCGCUAUAUUGAUUCACUUAGAUUUUCUGAAGAAAGACGCACGUUGAUAAGAUCUCGGUAUUUGUCGAUUACGCGAGAAAUUUGCCGCGGUAUCAACACGCAUCCGUCGGGACGGGUUUUUCGUCAGGUUCAUCGGCCGCCAUACGUUGCUAUCGGUACAUAAUUUUCGCCUAUGACGUCAUUUGUGAAUUACACAAGCGUCACCGCUCAGCCUGUUGUGGAAAAUUUCGUCAGGCCAGUGGCAACACCGUGUGGCCUCUGUUUUUCCUAAUAAAAACCAUAACGAACGGACCCUUUCGGUGUACGUGCUGUCAAUCAACACCGACCGCCGACGGUGGCAUCAUCCUCGAGGAGUUCGCGUUUGAAGUGCAAUUCCAGUGUCAGGCAAUAAGUUAAGAGUCUCUCAAAAUGUCAAUGCAACAGUACUGUUUGAGGUGGAACAAUCAUCAACCGAAUUUCAUUUCGGUGUUCUCAAGUUUGUUGAACAAUGAAACAUUGGUGGACGUGACAUUGGCUGCUGAAGGCAGACACCUGCAGGCUCACAAAGUCGUACUGUCUGCUUGCAGUACAUACUUUCAAUCUCUGUUUACUGUGAAUCCAUGUCAACAUCCGAUUGUUAUAUUAAAAGAUGUGAAAUUCUCUGACUUGAAAAUUAUGGUCGACUUCAUGUAUUAUGGGGAAGUCAACAUAUCACAAGAUCAGUUACCAUCUAUUAUAAAGACCGCAGAAAGUCUGAAGAUAAAGGGACUGGCAGAAAUGCACACUGCUUCUUUAACCAAGUGGCCGAGCGGGAGUAGUGAGCCUGGAGGAGGAGAUCGCGGAGAGUCUUGUUCUCCAACUCCUUCUCCGUUGUCACCAUCAUUUCGUAGAAAAAGGUUAAGGAAAUCAUCUACCGGGUCAACGUCCGGAUCUGGAGACAAGCCGGAAGAAGUGAAUGAAAUCACGUUGGUUGCUACCAACAUUGUAAAGCCCGAACCGUUAAUAGUUUCUCAAGAAGGCAAUGAAAGUCUGAGAAGACCUGUUAACACCAGUACGGAAUCUCAAGGGAGCAUAGAUGAAGAUCAAAUAUCAAUUAUGAGUAACAUGGAGAACAGUUCAGCAGCAACACCGGCUCAAAGCGAUGGCUCGAUUCAGGAUGUCAGUCAACAGUCAGGCGGGAGUGUCGCACAGAGUUCAGUCUCCAGUCAACCACCUGCACAUCAAGGAUUGCAAUGGACUAUUAUGGAGCAUACAUAUCCACGUUUCGCUCUGUCCUCGUGUCAAACGAAUCUGUCGAUCCAAGCGUCGUCAGCUUUUACCACGCCUGAAAUAACAGCUUCCUCGAGCAUCAGCGAUCAGUACUCUGGUACCAGCACGACUGGUUCUAGUUGCGCCUUGACGAAUUACCCGACCUCCUCGCACGGGACGUUGCAGCACGCGUCGUCCAGCGGGCCAUCGCCGUCGUCCCAGUGUCCGAGUAACUGUCAGAGCCCGUGCGCCAGUCCGCAGACCGCAAUUAAGAGGAAACGAUCGACGAAUCCGCAAGCCGACGAGAAUUUUAUCAGGGCGUUAGAUGCCGUCCGAUAUGGGGGCAUAGGGUUCUGCAAGGCGGCCAGGAUGUUCGGCGUGAACAAUCGAACGCUCUGGCUCGAGUACAAAAAACGCGGUUACCCGAACAACCGACCCAGCCUGAAAUCCAGGGUCAAACAGGAGGUGAAUUCCUCGCCGCCGCCCUCGCAGGUGACGCAGCCGGUCAAUUCGCAGAGCCCCACACCGAUGGGUCCGCCCACGACACCGCACAGUACACACAAUACUCACAGCACGCAUACCAUGCUGACCAGCCACAGCCCGCACACGAUGCUCAGCGGUUACAUCGAUAGCAGGCACACGGAUUACGCCAGGAUUAAGAUCACCCUUUCCGUUGCAGUAGCUUGCAAGCAGGUAGGCGCGAAGAGGUGUCGUCUUUUACGUCAGCCACGCGUGAAGAAAGAAUCGAACCAUUUGUCACCGGACAGCGAGGCGUCCUCGCCGCACAUCGUCUCCUCCUCGGUAUACGUGACGACGCCUACGCUGAAUCUGCCACACGCGUCACGAAGCUGGGACGAAGGAACGAGGAUCGCCUCGCCGCCUCAAUCAAUCCUCGUGAAUCAGCCGAGUCUGUUGGCGGUGACCACGUCGACGAACCUGUUGACCGUCCCGCAGCCGUCAUACUUGAUGAAGCAACACUCCCAUCCGAUCUUGUCUAGUCAGCAACAGUCGACCAGUAGCAAUUACUGGAUACACAGACAACACUCGAAUCCAGAGUUCCCCAGGAGAACGACCAGUCCGUCUAUCGUCGUGGAACCGGCGCCCGUCGUUAAAACGGAAGAGCACGUGACGGAAGAGGUGGCGGUCACCUCCGUUGCUACCACCGCUACCGAAAUCGCGGGAUCCACUUCUGGAUUGAGGGUGAAGACUAUGGAACUCAGGCGGAGUUCCUCGUCUCCGCAAACGAGUACCAGGGAGUCCCGCGAAAGCGCAGAGAACUUGCGGCUUGGACACUGUCCAGUGUUGCGUCCAGGCCCGGCCCUGAGCUGCAAGCACUGUUGGAACACGGUAGACGCCCACGGUAGGACGCUUCGUAGGAAAACGAAAUAUCACUGUCCCGAGUGCCAGGCGAAUCUCUGCAUCGUGCCCUGUUUCCAAGAAUACCACGAGCACGUACGAGACAUGAAGCUGAUGAAACCCUUGCCGAAGACUAGCUCUGUCUAACGCGUCUCCCGCGUUUUAUCCAUUUCUUCUGAACCAUUGCGUUGCUUCCGAGCACGCAUUUUCCGAUGGACGUCGCCUGAAACAUGGAUCAAUUCCAUGACGAGUCGCGCGAACAGAUCGAUCGUUUGAUUACCGGAUAUCAAUUUUUGCCAUGUCGUCGAUUUAUGACACGAUAAUUAUUAUCGCAACGAUAUUCGAAUAAAUUCGAAUGAACCCGUUCGAAUUUAAACGAGCAUCAAUGUAUUUAUCUUUGCAGCAAUUACAAGCCAAGAAGAUGUUGAUUUGAUCAACAAGGACAACAACAACAGGAGCUGCAAGUAAGUCAUUUUAAACUGGAUCUUUGAAUUGUACACUGAUUUUGUCCGAUGCUUUCGGACGUUGUCGCCUUUUGCCUUACCGAAUGAUAUUUUAAAAUGGCAGAGGAAGAAUUGAUAAACGCAAGUUCCUAAGGAUAUUAGUAGGAAGACACCGACAAAGAAAUGUAAACUAAUUAAUGAAGGAUUUCGAGUCAUUCAAGUUUCGAUAACUGUUCGCGCUCUUCUAGGUCCCGAAUGGACGGAAACAUUAUUUAUGAUUUUGAUUUAUUUUAUUUUAAUUAUCAUUCAUUUAUUUCAAACGGGUAAUCAACUUGAUUUGUUGAUUUUACGAUGAAUUGCAGUUUUUUUAACAUAUUCUAUGUACUUGUUAUGACUGAAGAAGGUAAUAGCUUUAAUGUUAGCGUAAAAUAAUUUUAUUUUGUAGAAAACGAAUAUUUUCGAUCCAUAAGAAAAAUCAAUUUUUGUUUCGUCUUUUACCUAAUUAGAAUGAAUUAUUUAUCGUAGGAAAAUAUAAUUGUAAUCUAUUUAGAAAAGCAUGAUCUUCAUAUUUACGAAGUAGAAACAGUACUUAAUUCAAACUUAAUCAAAUGGAGAUGACUGAAACUUAAUUAGAUUACAAUUCGAAUAUUCUUUACCAUGUAAUCAACUUGGACUCGAAUAGAUUCAAUGUCAAUCAACUAAAAAGUUGUAAAGAAUAUAAAAUUAAAUUUAUUUACUAAUUUUGAAGGAAAUAAUUCAAAUCAUGUUGGAAGCUUUAAGCUUUAGUUUUUUAAUUCAAAGUGCAUUUGAAAUGAUCAUAAACAGAUAGGGAAGUGAAAUGAUUCUUUCGCUUUCAUAAUAAAUGAUCUUUCUUUUUUCA